AAAGAGAGAAGAGAAGAAAGAAAUCUAUAUAACUAUAUCUCUAUGUUGCAGAGAGCAAAUGGCCACUCGUUUACCUCACUUCGUAUGCACUGUUCAAUUCCCUUUUCUUCUCAGAACCAAACCUUCUUCCUCUGCUUCAACCAGGCCCUUUACAGUCUUCACUUCCAUUAAGAUGGAAGGGAAUGAGAUAACGGUGGAAGAAGCUACCGGUUCCAAUAUCAGCAGAAAGAAGAAAAUUUUCGUGGCUGGGGCUACUGGAAGUACUGGUAAACGAAUUGUUGAGCAGCUUUUGGCUAAAGGGUUUUCGGUGAAAGCUGGGGUUAGAGACUUGGAGAAGGCUAAAACAACGCUUUUCAAGGACAACCCAGAUCUUCAAAUUGUUAAAGCUGAUGUAACAGAGGGUUCUGAGAAGCUUGCAGAAGUGAUAGAUGAAGAUUCAGAUGCUGUAAUUUGCGCCACAGGGUUUCGGCCGGGCUGGGAUUUGUUUGCUCCAUGGAAGGUGGAUAAUUUUGGCACAGUCAAUCUUGUUGAAGCUUGCCGUAAACGAAAUAUAAACAGAUUUAUUCUCAUCAGCUCCAUUUUAGUCAAUGGAGCUGCAAUGGGCCAGAUACUUAAUCCUGCUUACAUAUUUCUAAACGUCUUUGGACUCACCUUGAUAGCCAAGCUUCAGGCAGAGCAAUUUAUCAGGAAAUCUGGAAUAAACUACACAAUAAUAAGGCCAGGCGGGUUGAAAAAUGACCCUCCAACUGGAAAUGUAGUGAUGGAGCCAGAGGACACUCUUUCUUCGGGCAACAUAUCGAGAGAUCAGGUUGCAGAAGUCGCUGUUGAGGCACUAAUACAUCCCGAAGCAAACUACAAAGUCGUGGAGAUUGUUGCACGUGCUGACGCUCCCAAGCGUUCUUAUGAGGAUCUUUUCGGUUCCAUUAAGCAGCGGUAAUGUUUGUGUUUAAAUUCCAAACUUCAUUCUGCCAGAGGAAUAGUUCGAAAUCUAUAGUUGAUUUUCGUGGCAGACAAUUUAUUGUUUGUCUUCCCCUUUGUAUCAUUAUAUAUAUUGGCGUGAUAUCUCAUACUUUCAGAAAGAUAUAAGCUGGGGAAGCUUUCUGUUUAUAGAAUGAUUAAGAGCUAGCUUGUUUGUGUGCCAUAA